UUAGACGUAGAUAAAAUAACGCAUAUUUUUAAAAAUAUAUUAUUUAAAAGUAGUAGUAACCGCUUGCAUUGAUAACAUAACCAAGAAACCUAGAGGGCUUAUUAGAAGAAAUGUGACCAAUCGGCUAACGCUUUACCCGGAAGUGUCCAUGAUGCGUUUGUGGCCUCUUGCUAUUUCUUCAAAUGUCUUUGUUCAAAACGGAUAUGAUUUAUGUGGUUUCAUGUUUACGUAUUACUCACCGUGGUGGCCAUAAAGUGGUCUUUUCACGCUUUAAGUUAAAAGGGACACGAGACGUAUUAUAUUUUCGUUCUUUAUUAUUGUUUUAGUAUAAAAACUGCGGUGCACCCGAGGCCAGUGAGACUACAUUGGGCGGUUAAUCGGUGGCUAUCUGCUUUCAGUCGCUAACGUUAGGUAGCUACCUGCCCAAAUCUGUCGACAGAAAGCGAGCCAGAAGCAGUCAGCCAUUAUUUGAUCGAGCUAGCCUGCCCUCUUAUGUACUGAAAGUAGUCAUGGCAACUAGGCGCCUGACAGAUGCCUUCUUAUUAAUGCGGAACAAUGCGAUCCAAAACCGACAGAUAUUGGCUGAGCAAGUGAGUACAUAUGAGCCCCGUCGUACUCUGAAUACACGUAGCAAUGCUGCGCUGGUUGAUGAUCGAAUGGCUUUGGUGUCUGGAAUUGGUUUGGAUCCAGAGGCUGGCAUCGGGGUCACUAAAAGGCUCUCACCCAAAUGGAUAGAGGGUGUGGAUGAGAUUCAGUACGAGAUCACGCGUAUACAGCAGAAAAUGAAGGCGCUAGCAAGUCUGCAUGAUAGACACAUGAACCGGCCAACACUGGAUGAUAGCACCAAGGAGGAGCAUGCCAUUGAGAUCACUACACAGGAAAUCACACAGAUGUUCCAUCGUUGUCAGCGUGCAGUUGUGGGGCUGCAGUCUCGGUCUGGUCACUGUACAGAACAGGAGGGGAGGCUGCUCAGAAACGUCAUCUCCUCAUUGGCGCAGAGCCUUCAGGAGCUCUCAACCAACUUUCGACACACACAGUCCAGUUACCUGAAACGCAUGAAGAAUCGUGAAGAAAGGUCUAAACACUUCUUUGACUCUGGGCCUUUGAUGGAGGAGGAUGAAGGCAUAGCAUUACAUGACAGGGGUUUUACAGAUGACCAGCUUGCCCUGGUGGAGCAAAACACAGUACUGGUGGAAGAGAGGGAGCGAGACAUCCAGCAAAUUGUACAGUCCAUCUCUGACCUUAAUGAGAUUUUUCGAGACCUUGGUGGAAUGGUGGUAGAGCAGGGUACAGUUCUUGACCGAAUUGACUUUAAUGUGGAGCAAGCCUGCAUUAAAACGGAGGAUGGACUGAAACAGUUACAAAAGGCUGAACAGUACCAAAAAAAAAACCGAAAGAUGCUGGUGAUUUUAAUCCUCUUUGUCAUAGUCAUCAUUCUAAUGCUUGUUCUGUUUAUUACAAAGUUUUAAUGCUGCAGUUUGUGUACCCAAUUGGAGAAGCAAGGUCUUUUGUGUGAACUUCCUGUGAGCCAUCUAUUCUCACAUGAAUGCAAUAUAAAGAUACCACGUCCACUAAUGAUGUUCUUGUGCAGAAUUUGAAGUUUCUUAUAAAUCCAGUGUCAUGUACAGGGUGCAGUUUCCCAUCCUGUUACGCAGGCUUGGAAGCAAGCCAGUCCACAUUCUUGAAUGAAUUGUUUGCCAUAAUUGUUUUAAAGUUGUCUUGUUCUCAGUAAAAACUGGAUCUGUAAGUAAAAUGACAUCUUUAAUACUCUUUCUAUACAGAAAGGCAAUUAGCAAAUUCCACCCAGAAGCUAGAAGCCAAGAUUUUUCUGUCUGUCUUGUCCAAAAUGUUCAUUUUGCUUCCAUUCCUUGCCCUUGAUUUUAUUUAUCAUUAACAACAGCAGAAAACAAAGAAAGAUGCUUAAACAACAAUUCUUUAGUUGUUGGCCGUUUAUAAAAGAGUUAUCAUUUCUGGCUAUGCACACUCCAACAUGCUUUCAAACAGUUCCUGAACUUGAUUCUAGAAUUUGCGCAAUAAGGAGGAAAAACAGGGAGAUACCAUGAAAAGCAGAAUAUUAUUCUAGUAGUUCGGAAAGAUGAGGAAAAGAGUUUCAUAAGUGACCAGAUUUUCUCUUUAUCAUGUGAAACUUGCAUCCUGAAUAAACGUCACUGUGAACAGUUUAAUUUAAUGUGGAACUUAUCAUACCUAAUAGUUUUGUUUCAGUUUGAGGUGUUAUUUUGCCUGUCUCAGUUGAAUGUUGUUUUUGAUAACCUCACAUCUGUGAUUUUUAUUAAAUUUAAAUUAUCUAGUUUACCCCAAAGCUCCCCAAUUAUCUUAGCUUGGCAAGCUAUUUGUAAGAUAUUGUAUUUAUUGCAGCUGUCUUUCUCUGAAUGACCCUGCCAUCUUUGUAAAGCUCACCUUUGACCAAACACAACUCAGGUCUAUGUAUGUGACUGUACUACUGCUGUGUUCUGUACAAUAUGAAAUUAGAAUGAAAUUUAUUUAUUUUAAAUACAAAGUAUUCUAUAUGGCUAAAACUAUGUGGACACCUGACCAUCAUAUCCACAUGUGCUUCUUGAACAUCCCAUUCCAGAUUUAGUCCUCCUGCUCUAAUAGACUCCACUAGUGGUGUUGUACUUGAACUUGGUCUUGACCACUUUUUUUGAAGGUCUCCUUCUCGUCUUGGAAUCUUCUGCAUUUUUACUCUGUCUUGUCUCGGUCUCCGACAUGGAGGACUCUGGAUUUUAUUACAACACUUGUCAAGACCACAACUGUAGGGAUAUCACUAAAUUGCCUAUGCGUUGUCCGAUUUAUUUGUUAACAUCAUUACUGUGAUUGGAUGUAAAACUUUCUGCUUCAAAUUCAACCAAUAACAUGACUGCUAAUUUUAAAUUAUUGUUACUGUUAAUGUCUAAUUCCCCAAUCCCCCCCCCCCCCCCCCCCCCCACACACACACACACACCCACCCACAUCCUGGUCUUAACUCUGUCUCGCCCUGCUUUAUUUGUCUUGACUUGAUCUCAACCCCUCAUAGUCUUGGUCUUGUGUUGAUCAUGACUUGGUCUCGGUUUAGGUGGCCUUGACUACAACACAAGCUUCCACUAGAUUUUGGAAUGUGGCUAUGGGAAUUUCUGCUUAGUCAGCCAUGAGCAUUAGUGAGAUUGGGCAAGAACGCUUGUCAGCACAGUCAACAUUGUACUUUAUCCCAAAGGUGUCAAGUGAUGUUGAGAUUUGGGGGAAGGCCCACAUGUAAAUGUGCAGGUCAGGUGUCCACAUACUUUUGCCAUAGUGUUUAUGGAAUAUGAAUGUUAAGGAUAAAUGGUCUGUCUUAAUUGUGUGUAGGGAAAGAGAGUUUAUUUUUUGCUUGUUCAGUUGUUUUUAUUUUGAUUCUUUUAUGAAGAGGUGCACCCAAACUUUAAGAAAUUCCCAAAUGAUUUGAAAAAGGAUGGCUGUAAUCUAGUAUAAAUAUAGCAGGUCUUUAUUUUAGGAAGAGGCAAAGUAAUUAUUAAUCAUUGUUGAUUUCUGAGGUUGUGUGAAGAACUGCUGUGUCAGUAUGGAAAUGUAUCCGAUAUUUUCUAAGGACUGAAGAUUGGACAGGUUUUAAGGAAAUUAAACACAUUGAAGUAA